GACCUAUAUAUUCAAAAUAGAAGAAAAUGAAAAGAAAGGUAACAAAAGUUGGAAACUUUAGAUUUAGUCCCAAUGAGGAAGCUUUGCUUUUGAAGGAAGAAUAUGAAAGAAGAAGAAAACAAAGAUUACUACAGGUUAGAGAACAGGAAAGAUGCAUCGCUUGGCAGAUAAGACAAGAAGUAAAACAGAGGAGAGAUCAGCACCUCCAUCAUUUGGCAGAAGAGUUGAGGAUAGAAUGGCAAAAGACACAAGAACAGAAAGUUAAAGAACUGGAAAAACUAUAUGUAGCAAGCUUACGGUCUGUGGGAGAGGGACAUCGUGGUGCCAAGGAAAAUGUUCCUGGUAUAGAUGAUUUGAUAAAGCAAAGAGAGGAAAGACAACAAAGAGCUGAGGAAAGAGGCCAGGAAGCGUUGAAAAAAGUGAAAAAUGAAAAAGAAAAGCUAUUGAAACAAAAAACAUGGCACAUAGAAACUCGUAAGAAAGUACGACUUGAGGAAAAAGAAAGAGCUGCAAAAAUUGCAAGUCUGCCACCUCCUCCUCCAAAUCCGUUUGAGGCAGUUCUCACACUUAAGACAUGCCACCUUCCUGGAAAAGGCACGAAUGUCCAAGUAAAGGGAAUUUCUACAUUAAAGACCAACACUGCUAGUAAUCCUGCUACUUACCAUCAUCUUGACCCAAGCAUCAUACGUGAGGAGAAGGAUUUAGAGCAGAACCUUCAACUGAAGCAAAUUUCUAAGAUUACUAGUACUACUACUACUACUACUACUACUACUACUACUACCUGUUCUACUUACAAUUUUGAACCAACUGUGGAGAGAGAGAUGGAAGUACAGCAGCCAGAUCCUCACUUGGCUGCUGAAGAGGAAACAAAGAGGCUGGAGGAACUACAGAAAGAAGCAAUACAAGAAAGGAGAGAACAGCUUGAAAAGGCUCACAUACGGGGAGCUCAUGCUAUGAGAAAGGUCCAUUUGGCUAAAAGCCGAGAAAAAAUAAUGAAAGAGCUGGAACAGCUACAACAAGAGGACUUGGCUCGUAGGAGGCAGAAUGUGGCCCAGAUGCCAUCGCAGGUGGUUGAGCUGCCAUACAAACGCAUGGCAGUUAAAGAGGACUGGCAGAGGGAACUGGAGUUUGCCUUUGAAGAUAUGUACAACGCAGACAGGAAGGUGAAAGGAGACUUGAUUUUGAAACUAGAGCCAGAACCUUUGCCAGUUGUAACUGAACUCAUCCAGGAUGGAGAACUGGAUCUUUCAGUGGAGCAGGACUUCAUAUCUGAGACUCAGAACCAAGAAAGAAUGGAAGAAGAAACUCCAUUUUUCACAGAAACAGAGAUUUCAGAGGCACAAGAGACCCACCAUGCAUCUUCAAAAACUGUGUUAAAAAAAUUACUAGACAGAAUCCAAAGCCAGAGAUCACAGUGGGCAAAUAAGUACACUCCUGACGACGAAAGUGAAAUGCCUAAAAUUUUUGCUGAUGGUGAAAGUGAGACAUUGACAGUAGAGACAGGAACAAUUGCCAGUGAAGAAAAACCAUUGGAUAAAUCAGAGCAUACACAGGAACAAGAAUCAUCCAAAAGUGAAAUUUCCCUGUUAGAUGAAAGGUCGGUUCUGCUUCAUCCUCAUGAAGAGGCAACUCAAGUUAGAACAGUAAUGAAGAGACAAAAAGAGAUGAUGAAACUUGAACAACAAAAGCAGAAGCAGAUGGAAUUAAUUAGACAUAUUGAACAACAGAGAAUAAAAUUGGAGAGUGAAUGCCUACAGGCUCAAAAGACUCAACUAGAACAUGAGAAGAAAAAAAUGAAAGAAAGAACUCAACAGUUUUAUUUAAGAUAUAUGAAAUCUUACCCCUUUAUGGACCAGUGGAAGAAAGAAGCCUAUGCAGUCUCUCAGCAUUUGAUUGAUGAUGCUCCAACGUUAGGCUUGAAAAUUUCCAGAGAAGAUCAUAGUAGACAAGUGAUUCAUAACUACCAGCAACAUCUUUUACAACAAAACAGGUUUCACAGACAAUCCAUUGAUGCAGCCAGGAAACACUUGCAUGAGUAUCAGAAUAUGUUAAAACAAAGAUAUCCAUCCAGGUCAACCAAGUCCUUUUCAUCUGAUUUUGUGCAGCCUAAAGGUGAAUCACUUGAUAGAAAAACACUAACAUUCCAGGCCAGUUCUCACCUUCCAGGAGUACGAGAACUACCAAGUCUACAUUCACUACCAAGUUUUCCUGCAAUAACAGGAGACUCCCAUUUGCUUUCCAUAGAGAACAGUGAAAGGAUAUCUUCUGAUCAGACUGCUCUUUCUCAUUCAGGGUCACUAUUAAUUGAACCUUCACUUAGUUCAGUAGCUUCUGCUGAGCCCGAAUCUAAAUUUGAAAGAAUCCAAGAUGUUUUUACAACUAAGAGUCCACAAAGUCCACAAUCCUCAACCCACUUCAUAAGCUCAGAGGAUGGGCGCUUCAUUUCUUCAGAUCAUAUCUUAUCUCAGAAGGAAAGUUUGAAGACAAUGCAAGAGCAGUUAGAUAUACAAAGGAAAACUCUUCAUUUUCGCGAGAAAACCCCAGAAGAAUUGGUUGUACAUAAGCAGACUGAAUUGGAAGAAAGGAUACCUUCUAAUCAGACUGGGUCCUCUUCUUCAGUACCGUUAUUCCCUCAACAUUCACUUACUUUGUUCCCUGAUACUGAACCUGAAUCUGGAAGAAUUCAAGAACACUGUGCAAUUGAGAGGGACGGCAUAGUUCCCUCAAGCCAUUCCCUAAUGCAAAUAACUCCAGAUAGACUUUUAUCUUCUUCAGAGGGCACCUUGCAUCAACAAUAUAAUUUGAACACAAUCCGAGAACAGUUGAAUAUGCAAAGGAAAGCCCUUCACUUGUGCUUGAAAGCCCAGGCAAAACUGGUUUCACAUAAACCAGCUUCAGAAGAGGAAAAAGUACCUUCUAGUCAGCCUGGGUCCUCUCCUUUCCUACCACUGGUCCCUCAGCAUUCACUUAGUUCAUCGCUUUCUGCAGAAUCUGAAUCCAGAGGAGUUCAGAAAUUCUUUUCAACCAAGAAUGAGAACACAAUACCUUCAGGCCCACCCAUCAAACAGAUAUUUCAGGAUAGGCCUCUGAUUUCAGAGGAUAGCCUAAAUCAGCAGGACAGUUCGGAUGUUUUGAAAGCAAUGCAAGAGCAGUUGGCUAUACAGAAGGAAGCCCUCCACUUUGGCCAGAAAACACAGGAGCAAAAUCUUUUAAAUAGACCUGCUGCAGUAGGAGAAAAGAAAUCAUCUACUCAGACAGGGUCUCCUUUACUACCACUUUACCCUGAGUUUGCGCUUGGUUCAUCACCUUCUAAUGAAUCUGAAUCUGUAGGAAUUCAAGAAUUCUGUUUAACAAGGAAUGAGACCACAUAUCCUUCAAGCUAUUCCACAACUCCGGAUAGAUGUUUGACUUCUUCAGAACCCACACUAGUUCAGCAAGAUAAUUGGAAAAUGAAUGAAGAACAGUUAGAUUUGCAGAGGGAAUUAUUUCACUUUAAUGAGAAAGCUCAAAAAGAACUGAUUGUUCAUCAGCCAGCUUCAGUGGAGGAAAGAAUACCUUAUAGUCACACUGGGCCCUCUUUAGUACCGCUGUUUCCUCAACAUUCAUUUAGUUCAUCACACUCUGCAAAAUCUGAAUCUGGAGGGAUCCACAGCCCCUUGGCAAGGAUAUAUGAGCCUGAAUGUCCCUCAAGUAUUUCUUCAAUCCAAAUAUUUCAGGAUAAGGUUUCAGCUCCUUCAGGGCACAUUCUACCUCAGCAUAAUAAUCAGAUGGCAGUCCAAGAACCAUUAAAUGUACAGAGGGAAGCCUUUUGCUUUAGUGAGACAACUCAGGAAGAGCUGUUGGUACAAUCUGAAAUAGCUUUAGAGGAAAGGCUAUCUCCUAACCAGACUGACUCUUCUUUCCUACCACUAAUACCACAGCAUUCAUUUACUUCAUUACCUUCUACUGAGUCUGGAGACAUCCAGACAGCUAGUUCACGUCCUGCAACCCCUAACAUCCAAAUGUGUCGGGAAAAGCUUUUGGCUUCUUCAGAGCACAUUCUUCCUCACCAGGGUGAUUUGCAAGAACAAUUGGUUAUAGAGAAAAAAGCCCUUCAGUUUAGUCAGAGAGCCCAGCAACAGACAACAUUGAAUGAAAGAUUAUUUUCUGGUCAGAGUGACUCCUCUGUACCAUCAUUAGUUGAACAUGUAUCUAGUUCACCACCUUCUACUUCUGAAGAAAUCCAAAAUCCUCUUAUAGACAAGAGUGAGAGCACACUUCCUUCAAGUUAUUCCACAGUCCUGGUAUUUCAGGAUAGGGUUUCAACUUCAGGUGACAGCCAAUAUCAGCAAGAUAGUGUGGAAGCAAUACAAGAACAGUUGAAUAUACAGAGAGAAGCCCCUCACUUUGGCCAGAGAUCCCAGUUAUGGUAUCCUGACUAUAAACUUGCUGCAGCAGAGGAAAGGACAUCUAGUCAGACUGAUUCCUCUCUCUUUCUACCACUAUUUCCUCUUCAUUCAGUUACUUCAUUGCCUUCAGGUGAAGCUGAGUCUAAUUCUGAUUCUGUAGGAUUCCAAGAACCUAUUUUAACCAGUGGAGAGAACACAUUUCCCUCAAGCCAAUUGUCAAUCCACACAUUUCGAGAUAAGCUUUUGGCCUCUUCAAAACAUUUUUCAGCUGCUCAAGACAAUUUGAAGGAGCUCCAGGAACAAUUGAAUAUACAAAAGGAAUUUUUUGAGGGGAGACAGAAAGCACAAGAAGAAUGGCUUCUUCAAAGACAGACUGGGCUGAAACAACAGAUACAGAAGCAUGAGGAGGCAUUAAAGGAUUCACUAUAUAAGAUUCAGGCAAAUAAGUCCACACCCCAAAAUGUGAAAGAAGCACAAAAGACAAUGCAAUUCGCACCGUUAUUUCUGUCACAAAAUGUAGAAGGAAAUCAUCAGGAAGAACUUAAUCUUGCAGAUAAGAGCAAAUGUGAUGAUUGUGAAUUGCUUUCAGAAAAUAUCAAUCCAGAUGAGCACACUGGUCAGCUGCAAAGCAGAGAACUAAGGCAGAGACUUUCAAAACCACCUGUAGCAAAAAUCAAAGCAGGACUAGAUUUAAAUCAGCAUGAACUUAGUGCUAUUCAAGAAGUGGAAUCACCAAAAAGUGGCAGAGCUUCUAUUAGAGAGAAGAGAGAAUGUUAUAGAGAGGCUGUUUCCAGAUCACCUUCAAGUGACUUGGAUUCUAGCAACCAUGAAGAAACUAUUGAUCAUGAUAGAGAUCCUGUCAGGAUUUCAAUAAGCCGAUAUCUGAGUUUGGAGGAUACGUCACAAGACAGUAAUCAGGGUAGUCACCUGCAGCCUGCAAAGCCAGUUGAUAGAGGUAGUGAUGAUGGCCAGGCCAAGGAUGUUGUAAUUGAGAAUCAUGGGUUACUCAGUUAUACUGCUGAUUUGGAGCAGCAAGUACCUGUGUAUCCUGGUUCAGCUUUUAAGCCAAAAAAGAUAGUGCGAUCCAUACCAUGGUCCACUAAUGACCUUGUUUCCCAGUCUCAUGCACAGGAGCUACAAGAUGACCAGUCAUCUUCAUUAACAGUGUCUAGUGGAAGCUUCUUAAGCAAUGAAAAGUCUCAUUUAAAGUUUGCAAAUUCAGUUGUUCCUGACUUUACAGAAUUAGAACAAACUUUUCCACAUUUACAUCAUCAGCUCUUUCAUGCUCUAGAACCAAGGCCUGACUUGGGUUUCUCAUCAUCUCUUUCGCAAUCUGGACUUUCUCAAGACCUGAGCAAGACCACAUACCCUUCAACGCCUGAAAGCCAAGAUGGAUCUGGGUCUCCUGAAAGUACAACCUCUACCACAGCUGUGAGGGCCAGCCUUCAUUCCUCUCUUGACAUAAACUUGCAUUCUGCUAUGAGUAGAACAAGUAUGACUCUUGAUUCCUCCCAAACUGAAAAUUUUCCUGAGGAAAAAAUUAUUUUGGUAUCUGAAGAAUCCUUUCAACCACUUCAGCCUGAAUCUGCUCCAAGCGACAGUAGCCACUCUGCUGGUUUCCUAAGCAUUGAAGCUGAAGGACCUUCACAAAAUUUUAAAAAAGAAAAAUUUCCUCUUAGAAAACAGUAUGAGGAGUUACUAGCACGUAAGAGAAGUACUGAUAUCUCUCCAUCAGUGGCAGUUCUGCAAAGUCCAACUUCUAGUUCCUCUGAUUAUCAUCAUCUUUUUGAUAGAAUGAGGGUGCCACAUAGCACACCUUAUGAUUCUUCUUCAAGCAAGAGCUCAACAAAAGACCAAGUGGAAUCAAGAAAGGAAGAUGUUGGUUUUGAAGAAUUAUCUGAUGAAAUGCAAAGGAGUCAGAUAGAAGCUAUAGCAGGUGCUCAGAGUGAAACAAAUAGUAGGUGUGUGGUCAGAGAUCCAGAGACACAUUCAGAAAGAUCUAGUGGAUCUGUAACAAGUGAAGAAAAUGUGGAGGUCUUUCGAAACACACCUCAACCACUGCCACCAUCGUUCUUAAUAAGUCUCAGAUCAUGUUCAUUACAGAGCUCUAUACCAGUUUGGGAGACCACAUCUGGACAUGGUAUCAUGGAAGAGGCUGAACUCACUUUAAUCAGCUCCAGUGACAAUAGUGUUACAGAUUCAGAUUUGGAAAAUUUGAUCCAAGAAGAAAACAAAGGGAGUGAAUUGAAAAGCUGUUUUCAGGUGAAACAAGAUUCAGAGUUAAAAGAAGAUUACUCAGUUUGGAAACCAGAUUUAAUUGUUACAGAACCUCCUGAGGAGAGACCAUCUUCCUCCUUCCAGCGUCCAGAUACAUUUCAAGAAUUUAGUUCUGCACCAGGAAGCUUACAAGAAGUGUUUGUAAAGAAGAAUAAUUCGUUCAUUGAACAACCAUCACAAAGACAGAAAGAAAUUAAAAAUAAAGCUCAAACUUCUGGAAAAUCUCAGCCUAAAUCAGCUGUAGAAAUUGACAGUAAAAAGCACCCAGUGGAGACAAAGCCUUCCGAGUCAACAAUAAAUCAGUUGAAGAAAGUGAGUGAAGUUAAAGUAUGUUUCCCUGAAGAUAAGAAUACUGUGAAAGCACUUAGGCAUGGGCAGGCUUUAAGGUUAUAUAAUCAGUUAGCUGAAGGGAGACAACAAAAGGAAGAAAAAUCAAGACAGGAAGCCUAUGCUAGAAAUAGAGAAAAGGCAAAAGAGUUUCACAGGAAAACACUGGAGAAACUACGAGCAAAAACCUUCCGCUAGGACAAAAGGACUUUGGAUGUUAUUUCAGGAUUUUAUCCUGUACUACAGAAUGCAUACUUGAUUCUUUUAAUUGACUCAUGAUGUACCUCAGAUUAACCUGACUUGUAAAUAUUCUUUAAAAAAAAUAUAAUUCAAUAAAUUUUUAUCACAAGUA